UAGAGACGUUCUCUUCCGUGGGAUUCUGAGGCGACGGAUGUGGGCCAAGUAGGGCAGCGGAGCCGGCGUCCGCGCAGCGCGAGCGGUGGGGCCGCGAAGAGCCCUGGGCGGCGUGAGAGUUCCUUAAUCCUGUGAUGGAAGACACCAACGAUGAGGGUGAGGCCUCAAUUCAUCGGUUAGAAGGCAUUGACCAAGAGACACAGGUUGGUGGCCUCAUUUGCAAGACCAAAAGUGCAGCUAGUGAGCAACAUGUUUUCAAAGCCCCUGCACCUCGUCCCUCUUUGCUUGGGUUAGACCUGUUGGCUGCAUUGAAACGAAGGGAGCGGGAAGAAAAGGAUGAUGGGGAAGAUAAGAAGAAGUCCAGAGUCUCUUCCUACAAGGACUGGGAGGAAAACAAGGAUGAUCAGAAAGAUUCUGAGGAGGAAGGGGGUGACCAGGCCAGCCGAAGCAGCAGGAAAGACAGGCACUAUAGAGCUGCCCGGGUAGAGACACCAUCCCAUCCUGGUGGCGUAAGUGAAGAGUUCUGGGAGCGCAGCAGACAAAGGGAACGGGAAAGGCGGGAACAUGGUGUCUAUGCCUCUUCCAAAGAAGAAAAGGACCGGAAGAGAGAGAGAACUAGGGAUCGAGACUAUGACCGGAAGAGAGACAGAGAUGAACGGGAUAGGAGUCGGCACAGCAGCAGAUCAGAUCGAGAUGGAGGGUCAGAGCGGAGCAGCAGGAGGAAUGAACCAGAGAGCCCAAGACAUCGACCCAGAGAUGCAGCAACCCCUUCACGCUCUAAUUGGGAAGAAGAAGAUAGUGGGUAUGGUAGCUCCCGGCGUUCUCAGUGGGAAUCCCCCUCCCCAGUACCUUCCUAUCGGGAUUCUGAAAGGAGUCACCGGACUUCUUCUACUCGAGAGAGAGAAAGGUCUGUGAGAAGCAAGUGCCCAGAUGACACACCUCUACCAACCCCAUCAUAUAAGUACAAUGAGUGGGCUGAUGACAGAAGACACCUUGGGUCUACCCCACGGCUUUCCAGAGGCCGAGGGAGGAGAGAAGAUGGAGAAGAUGGAAUCUCUUUUGACACAGAAGAAGAGCGGCAACAAUGGGAAGAUGACCAGAGGCAAGCUGAUAGGGACUGGUACAUGAUGGAUGAGGGAUAUGAUGAGUUUCAUAAUCCACUGGCUUAUUCCUCAGAAGACUAUGUGAAGAAACGAGAACAGCACCUACACAAACAGAAACAAAAACGUAUUUCUGCCCAACGGAGACAAAUCAAUGAGGAUAAUGAACGCUGGGAGACUAACCGUAUGCUGACUAGCGGUGUGGUUCAUCGGCUUGAAGUGGAUGAAGAUUUUGAGGAAGAUAAUGCUGCCAAGGUGCAUCUCCUGGUGCAUAACCUGGUACCACCAUUUCUGGAUGGGCGCAUUGUUUUCACCAAACAGCCAGAGCCUGUGAUUCCAGUUAAGGAUGCUACUUCUGACUUGGCCAUUAUUGCUCGAAAAGGCAGCCAGACAGUACGCAAGCACAGGGAACAAAAGGAACGUAAAAAGGCCCAGCACAAGCAUUGGGAACUGGCUGGUACCAAACUGGGAGACAUUAUGGGCCUCAAGAAAGAAGAAGAACCAGAUAAACCUUUGACAGAAGAUGGCAAAGUAGACUACAGGACAGAGCAGAAGUUUGCUAAUCACAUGAAGAAAAAGAGUGAAGCCAGCAGUGAGUUUGCGAAAAAGAAAUCAAUUCUGGAGCAGAGACAGUACUUGCCCAUCUUUGCAGUACAACAGGAGCUGCUUACCAUUGUCAGAGACAACAGCAUUGUGAUAGUGGUGGGAGAGACAGGGAGUGGCAAGACAACUCAGCUAACUCAGUAUUUACAUGAAGAUGGUUAUACAGACUAUGGCAUGAUUGGCUGUACCCAACCCCGACGUGUGGCUGCCAUGUCAGUAGCCAAGAGAGUCAGUGAAGAGAUGGGAGGAAGCCUUGGAGAAGAGGUGGGUUAUGCCAUCCGCUUUGAAGACUGUACUUCCGAAAACACUGUGAUAAAAUACAUGACAGAUGGGAUCCUGCUUAGAGAGUCCCUGAGAGAGGCGGACCUGGAUCACUACAGUGCCAUCAUCAUGGACGAAGCACACGAACGGUCACUCAACACAGACGUGCUUUUUGGGUUGCUUCGAGAGGUAGUAGCUCGACGCUCAGACCUGAAGCUUAUUGUCACUUCAGCCACUAUGGAUGCAGAGAAAUUUGCUGCUUUCUUUGGGAAUGUUCCCAUCUUUCACAUUCCUGGCCGAACCUUCCCUGUUGACAUCCUCUUCAGCAAGACCCCUCAGGAGGAUUAUGUGGAGGCAGCAGUGAAGCAGUCAUUGCAGGUGCACCUCUCUGGGGCUCCAGGGGACAUUCUUAUCUUCAUGCCUGGACAGGAGGACAUUGAGGUUACCUCUGACCAGAUAGUGGAACAUUUAGAGGAACUGGAGAAUGCUCCUGCCUUGGCUGUGCUUCCCAUCUAUUCCCAGCUACCCUCUGACCUGCAGGCCAAGAUCUUUCAGAAGGCUCCAGAUGGCGUCAGGAAAUGUAUUGUUGCCACCAAUAUUGCUGAGACUUCACUGACUGUUGAUGGCAUCAUGUUUGUUAUUGAUUCUGGCUACUGCAAACUGAAGGUCUUCAACCCCAGAAUUGGGAUGGAUGCUCUGCAGAUCUACCCCAUUAGCCAGGCUAAUGCUAACCAGCGAUCAGGGAGAGCUGGGAGGACGGGCCCAGGUCAGUGCUUCAGGCUCUAUACCCAGAGUGCAUAUAAGAAUGAGCUCUUGACCACAACAGUACCAGAGAUCCAGAGAACCAAUUUGGCCAAUGUGGUGCUCCUGCUCAAAUCUUUAGGGGUCCAGGACUUGCUUCAGUUCCACUUUAUGGACCCACCCCCAGAAGACAACAUGUUGAACUCCAUGUACCAGCUCUGGAUCCUAGGAGCCAUGGAUAACACAGGUGGUCUUACAUCCACUGGGAGGCUGAUGGUGGAGUUCCCCCUGGACCCAGCCCUCUCUAAGAUGCUAAUUGUCUCCUGUGACAUGGGUUGUAGCUCUGAGAUUCUGCUGAUUGUCUCCAUGCUCUCAGUCCCAGCCAUAUUCUAUAGACCUAAGGGCCGUGAAGAGGAGAGUGAUCAAAUUCGAGAGAAAUUUGCGGUCCCUGAAAGCGAUCAUUUGACUUACUUGAAUGUCUACCUGCAGUGGAAGAACAACAAUUAUUCUACUCUGUGGUGUAAUGAACAUUUCAUCCAUGCCAAGGCCAUGAGGAAGGUUCGAGAGGUGCGGGCCCAACUGAAGGACAUCAUGGUGCAGCAGCGGAUGAGCUUGGCUUCCUGUGGCACAGACUGGGACAUUGUGAGGAAGUGUGUUUGUGCAGCCUAUUUCCACCAGGCAGCCAAGCUGAAGGGAAUUGGGGAGUAUGUGAAUAUCCGGACGGGGAUGCCCUGCCAUUUGCAUCCUACAAGCUCUCUUUUUGGAAUGGGUUAUACCCCAGACUACAUUGUAUAUCAUGAGUUGGUCAUGACUACUAAGGAAUACAUGCAGUGUGUGACCGCUGUGGAUGGGGAGUGGCUAGCAGAGUUGGGCCCCAUGUUUUAUAGCAUUAAACAUGCAGGCAAGUCACGCCAGGAGAAUCGCCGCCGGGCCAAAGAGGAAGCGUCUGCUAUGGAAGAGGAGAUGGCGUUGGCUGAGGAGCAGUUGCGAGCUCGGAGGCAGGAGCAGGAGAAGCGUAACCCCCUGGGCAGUGUAAGGUCCGUUAAAAUCUACACACCUGGGAGGAAGGAGCAAGGGGAGCCUGCCAGCCCUCGCCGGACCCCAGCCCGCUUUGGACUCUAAGCCAGCGUUGGAUCUGUGGGAGGCCCAUAAUACCCAGGAAUGAGUGCUGAGCUUCCUAGCAGGCCUGUUGGUGGCUGUGAAUGAAACUUGUAUUGACUGCUGUUUCUUACUGAGACCAGAGAUCAGAAAGCACGGCUGUCUUUGGUGGCUUAAUGACACUUCUUCAUCAACCUUUCUACCCUGGCAUGUUGGCAGUGUGAUUCCUUCAGGGCUGAGGAAUCCUGGGCUCCCUGGCUUCCUUUUUGCACGGCAAAGUGACUUAUGUGCUGCCAGAGAGACCAGGAAGUCCCAGAACCCAUCUUGUCUGAGAAGGGGUCUCUGGGAUGCUUGGUGUAUAAAUGUAUCUUUGCUUUGUCUGUGUCUUGUUUUUUUAAUCUUUGUGUAAAGCAGUAAAAAUGGAUCUGGAGGGAAUUGUAACUUGUUUACAACCCAGGAAUUUGGAAAUAAUUUUAUUGUUUCUAAAACUUUA